AUGUUAAAGAAGGUGUUGGAAGAUUUGAUUGGUAAACCGAUUGAACAAAAGUUUGAAGAGAUAGAACUUGCGGAAGUUAGAGCAAGACGUGAAACUGAAAUGGAAGCUGGAAUGAAAGAUAAGGGUAAGGGUGUUCCAGUUGAAGAUGAUGUUCACAUGUCUGAAAGAGAAAUUGUUCUGACUGAACCAAAAUCUCCAUCAAAAGUUCCAGAAUCGUCUAUUCUAGAUCCUUGUCCAUUAACUUCAGUAUCUGGUAUGAUCGAAGAUGAUGAAGAAGACGAGGAUGAUAAUCUGAAAGAUGAUGCAGAUGAAGUAUAUUCUGUUAAUAGUGAUAAUGAUGAUGAUGAUGGAAAUGAUGAUGUUGAUCAAGGUAAUUCUGGUAUAAAAGUAACUGAGGCGUCACAAGAAGAAAAUAUUGAUGAGUAUCUUCAAGACAAUGCAACUGAAGAACCAGAAAAUGCAGGAGGAAAGGGGGAGCAUGAUGAUGUUGAAAAAGUUGAUGAGAAUGUUGAUCAGGGUACAGGUUUGAUUCUACAUCUUGAACAUGAUGUAGAGGAAGGUGGGAUCUUGCAUACUUACACUAGAGAUGAGAUCAUUAAGAUGAUGCAUGUUGAAGAAAGUGAGUUUAAUUUCGAUUUUGAAGAGGAAUUGAACGAGUUUGAUAUCAAUCAUCAACCUGCAUAUCAGUACAAGUAUGUUGAAGAGGCUGAUAAUUAUGAUAAAGUGGAAGUAGAAGACUGGAGCGAUGAUGAUCAGUCUGAGAAUGUUAAUGUUAAUACUUCUAGCUUUCCAACUCUUGCCGAGUUAUUCAGUCAAGCAAAUGAGGGUGAGUUAAGAAGAAAAGUGGCUGAAAGUGUUAAGAAUAAAAGUUUUAAAGAAAUGUCAAAAGAAGAACAACGUGAAGAACGAAAGAAGUGGUUCAGGAAGGAUACAGAAAGAAAAUUCAAAAGACCACUACAGUAUUACAGAAGGGAUAGAGAUGUUUCUCUGGGUGAUAUCAUAAGCUGGGGUUACUUGCCACAAGUCAACGCUUAUGCUAUUAGAAGAGAAUUUGGUGUUCAAUAUUUCCAAUAUAUUCAAGAUAUAAUGUCUCUACAUUGGUGGGAUGUCACGGCCCCUGACCCGGUUUGA